UGGUAGAGGAUUUAAAAGAGAAAGACAAAUAUAUAUACCUCCUACAGCUAAAAGAACAGUUCCAGAAGAACCAGUGACUAUAAAAAAGGUAGGACCUCCAAAAGGUCGUGAGAUAAUUCAGUAUGAAGACAUGUUCAGUAAGAAAUCCACACCAGCUGUUGAAGAGAAGAAGAGUACAGUCAGGCUGACAAAAUCUGCCUCAGAGAGUGUAAUAAGACCUCGGUUACAGCUAAACAGGGGACCACCUAAGGUGGAAGUAAAAGACGCCACUGUAAAGACAUUUGCAGAAAUCAUGGCGGAGAAGAAGAGGAAACGAAUGUUAGCCCAACAAGAAAAACCAUAUACACCAAUAUCAUUUGAUGAUAAAGAAUCGUCACAAGGAAGUAUAUCAGCAGAUGACAGGCUAUCACCUACACCAUCGCAAUCCACAAUAUCAUCCAGCAUUUCUAACGUCUCUAGUCCAGUAAAAACAUUGUCUCAACCACCAAGUGCUUCAAAUACAGAAAAAACGGAAACAAAAUCUCGCUGGAAAAAACGCAAAACGAGCAUUCCAGAAGCUCCUGCACAGGAAAAAAGUGUUACAGAAACUCAGGAAAAUAAAUUUAAUAUCACAAAAGAUAGUAAACAAUCAAGUGAGUCAGAUAUUUUUGUAGUGGAUAAAAGUGAAAAGGUGGAUGAAUCUGGGUUUGACGAAGAGUUUACCUCACUAACAUCUGUAUCACCUGUGAAAACAGAGUCAUCUAUUACUUUUCAUGAAAGUAGAAAAGGGAGAGAAGAGAAGAAAAGCAUAUCGGAGAGUUUUAUGGACUUUGAAGACGAUUUACUCAACAUGGAUGAUGAUGACGACAUAGAUCUCGAACUGGAUGGUGGUGGCAAGGAUACUGAUGAACUAAUGAGAGAAAUUGAUGAAAUGCUCUCAUAAAAUUACAACUUUGUUAAACGAUUAAUGUGAUGUUUAAGCAUUCUAUAAUGACAGUUGCUCACAUGCUAUGACUAAAGUUGGUAUCAUGAGUGAAGACUUGAGUGUAGUGUUUCAAUUGAUGAUAAAGAGAAAGAGAUUGC